ACGUUAUCAGAAUCAUGCGUGAUAAGGCAGUAUUUCAGAUAGGACGUUUCCACUACUACAAUCCCCGGCCAUGAAGCUGUUACUAGUUUUGUCUGUGUGUAUCGCCGUUUCCUCAGCCUACCCCAAUCUGGUAGACCUCGCCAGUGCUAACAAUGCUACAAAACUUGUGUCCCUACUCACUAGCGCAGGAUUAGCUGACAUUCUUAAAGAUCCCAGCCAAGGUCCAUUCACACUUCUGGCGCCUUCUGAUGCCGCUUUUGCCAAAGUUCCGGCUGCUGAUUUACAAGCAUUGAAGGCAGAUAAUGCGCAACUACAGGAAGUAUUGAAAUACCACGUGAUGAAAGGAGAGGUGUUCGAGUGGGAUCUGGUAAACCAUGAAGUCAUUCCAAGUUUGAAUGGACACUCUAUUCGUGUUUACGUCGCCUCUAGUUCAAAUGCCCAGAGAACUUAUUUCAACCAAGCAAAAGUUUUAGUAUCGGAGUUGCAAGCAUCCAAUGGCGUGCUUUACUUGAUUGAUGAAGUUCUUAACAUGCCAGAGGGAACCAUUGACGAUAUCAUCUUAAACCCCGACUACAACAUUGAUCAAUUCAUGGAAUUCAUUAAGGAGGCUAAACUUACCACUGUAUUCAACAGAACUGUUGGUGCUAGAUAUACAAUGUUUGUUCCUAGUAACCAAGCCCUUGCUUCUCUGGACCAAGGAUUCUUGGCUCAAAUUAAAAACAGUUACUCAAACGCUCGCCGCUUAGUUGAUUACCACGUUCAUCCAGGGACCCUACACGCCAAAAGUAUACACGGACCCGGACGUCUAUCUACAAUGUACAGAGGCCAUUACAUUAAUCUCUCACAGGACGCCAACAACAAUACGCUUCUGAACAACGUAGCCACGGUAUUACAGGCUGAUAUUGAAGCAGAGGAUGGAGUAGUCCACAUCAUUUCUCACGUGCUCAUUCCCUCUACACUCUCUCCUGGUGGUCUUGUCGGAUAAAAUCUUUAUUAAAUAAAUAUUUUAUAAAAUAA